UUGUUUCGAUAGACCCAGUCAUCGAGAUGUGUGUAUAUGUAAAUAUAAAGAACUUAUAAAAUAAGGCUUCAAAAUCGAGAGAAAGGUCGUUUUUUAGCGUUUACAAAAACAUAGCAAAUCGGGGAAAUGGCCACCGCUGAGUCAGGUGCAGUAGCCAGCAGCAGUGCGGUGUCCUCCGGACAGCGAGGCGUAAGCCGUGUUCUUGCCAAGUUGUCGCAGUCAUUGGCCGGCGGAGAGUUCUACGAAGCGCAUAUGAUGUACAGGACGCUGUACUUUCGAUACACAGCGCAAAAGCGGUACCAGGACUGCUUGGAUUUGCUCUUCGACGGAGCCCAGCAGCUGAUUGCCAAGGAGCAGGAUAGUAGUGCGGCGGACCUGUGCCUCCUGCUGGUAGACACGUUGGAAAAGCGAGGACCGCAGGCAGAGGACACCGACAACUUCCUGUGGGUGCCACGCCUAGGAGCCUUAAUCCGCGGUCUCAAUGCCGCUACUGUGGAGCGAGAAACCUUGAUCCAACGGACGAUUAAGUGGAGCACGGCUUUGCAUGGGCAGUUCGGCCACCCGGUGCUGCACAAGUUAAUUGCACACGUGUUCUGGACCGAAGGUAACAUUGAGUCGGCUCGCCACCACUAUCUGCUUUGCCAAGACGGCAGUCUCUGCGGCCGAGUACUGAUGGAGAUCAGCCAAAGCCGAGGCUUUCAGGGCGAGGUAGACUUGUUUCUGGUGCAGGCAGUGCUCCAGCAGCUGUCGCUGAAGGAUCGCAAGACCGCAGAGGACACAUUCACUGAGUACACGCGCUGCCACGCCAAGCUGCUCAAGCACGAGUUCCCCUACAAGGAGCCGCUGGUCAACUUUCUGUAUUUCCUGUUCCGCCUCAUCGAUGCUAAGCUUGUAGCUGGGUUUCGGGCUCUGCGCAAGCUUUAUGACCCCUCCCUGAAGCGCGACACAUCGUUCCUAAAGUACGUGGCUAAGAUCGGAGUGAUUUACUUUGACGAGCAACCGGAAGCUGCCCAUGCUGGGCCUACCGGAUUGGGCGGCAUGUUUGGGGACAUAUUCAAUCGUUUAAUGGCGGGCUUCGACGAAGAUGAAGUUGAAGAGCAAGGCACGCCGCAGAGACGGCAGAACGUUAAUAACGAGCUGGACUAACAUCAACUGGAGUUAGUUGCAGGUUUGGUGCAUGGCGGAGGUCGCUCUUAGUCAACGAAGUGCUUUGCCACUAAUUCACUGGGCUAUUCUUGUUAUAAUUUUAUGUACUGUGUGCAAAAUUAUUAAACAUAAGCAUAGUCGCAAUAAAUGCAAUGUAGAUUUCACA